GUUAUUUCCUAGUUUUCGCUUUCACACUUCACUUCUCCUUUUUGCCCCUGACAAUCAUGUACCAUAAAUAUUCUACCCAAGACCAGCAGCUAGUGUUUCAAGCUUUAUACUUCGCUUGAAAGACUACUCGUCACAGAGAGAGAGAGAGAGAGAGAGUUUUGAACUUAAUUAAGAUGGCAGAAGUGAUCCUUUACGUAUAUGACGUUACAAUUAGUAGUUCCGGCUACGAAACCACGAAUUACGCCCUCGUUCAACUCAACAACGUCUGUAAGCAGGUCAUUCCUAUUGGCGGCGUCUUUCACACCGCGGUUCAGAUUUACGGCGACGAGGAAUGGGGAUACUGGCAGUGCGACAAGGGAUCUGGUGUUUAUAGCUGUCCCGCUGGCAAAAACCUGUCGUAUACAUACCGUGAACGUAUAGUUCUCGGAAGAACAAAUUGUUCCGCUACCAAGGUGAGUCAAAUCCUAAAAGAACUUAGCCAGGAGUGGCCGGGAAGUAAAUACGAUCUGCUGGCGAAAAACUGUAACCAUUUCUGUAAUGAGUUGUUGCAGAGGCUGGGAGUGCCGAAGCUUCCGUCAUGGGUAAAUAGGUUUGCCGAUGUCGGAGAUACUGCCUGUGAAGCAGUGCGAACGCUGCAAAAAACUAAGGAUGAAAUGUUAGCUGCUGGAAAGGAGGCGUAUAAGAAUGCCAUCAAUACGGCUAUUAAGACUCCCAAGUCUCUUAUCAGUUUAAGCAAAGGUAAUCGACUUCGAACAGAGCAAUUCAAACCAAAGUACUUUGCUGGAAGAAUUGCGGGACCAGAUGCAGAAACCAGCAACAAGUGAACCUCAGGGCUGGAGCUUAACCCGGCUAUGACCAUGUAGAAUGAUGGCCCAGUCAUGUCUUCAUGUGUGUUCGUAUCCGUGUUAGUGUGUGGUGUGCUAUUUUCCUUCUAUCUCCUGCCUAUUUCUCCUUACUUUCAGUGAGUUGUAAUGCAUUAUUGUAUCAAUGUUAUUGUAGCUUCAUCGCCUUCUUCUCUC